UGAACUUUCCCUGUAAACACAGCUCGCUGACAGAACGCAUCCCUGCUGGGUGGAUCCUGCAACUCCUGGAGGGAAUGGCACUUCUUGUUUUUAAUUAGCAAGGUGAAAGGUGAAUUAAAACUAGCUGUUUGGCAAGUCAGUGCAAGAGGCUGACUUCGGAGAGGCUUCAAGGAGCCAGAAGAGAAGAGCUCCACGGGGGGAAGGCAGUGCGUGUGCUCAGGGCUUUUUUUUUUUUUUUUUUUCUCAAUGAACCGCUUGCAGAAGUGACCAAAAAAAAAAAAAAAAAAAAAAAAACCCACAGUUUCCUCCCGAGUCUACCCGCACAGUUACUGAAGAGAGCUCUGGACAGGACAUGGCUCGAAAGACUCGCUCCUUGGAAUGUCCUCCUGCUCCCGGCUUAUAAACAACUGUCCUCGGGGAAGAAAGGUCUUACAUAGCCAAAUACAGCCUGGCAAAUGGCACUUUGGGACCGUGCUUUCUGAUGACAACGCGUUCGAUUUGUGACAAAGCCUCUCACGCGCUGCCCCUGGAGGGGAGUCCUAAGUAAAACUCAGACCCGCCUUCAAGUGCGGAUCGGAGGGCUUGCCCGGUGAGCAGGCAGCAUGGCAUCGGCCGCGAACCUGGUCACCUGGCUCCUGUGGGGUUACUUACUGGAGCUUUGGACGGGAGGGCACACGGCAGAUACCCCUCACCCCCGCCUACGUCUGUCACAUAAAGAACUCUUGGAUCUAAAUCGAACAUCAAUCUUUCAUAGUCCUUUUGGGUUUCUUGAUCUCCACGCAAUGCUUCUGGAUGAAUAUCAAGAGAGACUCUUUGUGGGAGGCAAGGAUCUUGUAUAUUCUCUCAGUUUGGAACAAAUCAGCAAUGGCUAUCGAGAGAUACACUGGCCUAGCACAGCACUAAAAAUAGAAGAAUGCAUAAUGAAAGGAAAAGACGCAAGUGAAUGUGCAAAUUAUGUUCGAGUUUUGCAUCACUAUAAUAGGACACAUCUUCUGACCUGUGGUACUGGAGCUUUUGACCCACUUUGUGCCUUCAUCAGGGUUGGAUACCAUUUGGAGGAUCCCCUGUUUCAUCUGGAACCACACAGGUCAGAGAGAGGAAGGGGCAGGUGCCCUUUUGAUCCCAGCUCGUCCUUCAUCUCUACCUUAAUCGGUAGUGAAUUGUUUGCUGGCCUCUACAGUGACUACUGGGGCAGAGAUGCCGCGAUCUUCCGGAGCAUGGGUCGAUUGGCUCAUAUUCGCACCGAGCAUGACGACGAGCGCCUGUUAAAAGAACCAAAAUUUGUAGGUUCAUAUAUGAUUCCUGACAAUGAAGACCGAGAUGACAACAAAGUGUAUUUCUUUUUUACCGAGAAGGCCCUAGAGGCAGAAAACAGUGCCCAUGCAAUUUACACCAGAGUGGGGAGACUCUGUGUGAAUGAUGUAGGAGGACAGAGAAUACUGGUCAAUAAGUGGAGCACAUUCCUCAAAGCAAGACUCGUUUGCUCAGUACCAGGAAUGAAUGGAAUUGACACAUAUUUUGAUGAAUUAGAGGAUAUUUUCUUGCUACAUACCAGAGAUCCUAAGAACCCAGUGAUAUUUGGACUCUUUAACACUACCAGUAACAUAUUUAGGGGGCAUGCAAUAUGUGUCUAUCAUAUGUCUAGCAUCCGGGCAGCCUUUAAUGGACCAUAUGCACAUAAGGAAGGACCUGAAUACCACUGGUCACUCUAUGAAGGAAAAGUCCCUUACCCAAGACCUGGUUCUUGUGCCAGCAAAGUUAAUGGUGGGAGAUACGGAACUACCAAAGACUAUCCUGAUGAAGCCAUCCGAUUCGCAAGAAGCCAUCCACUUAUGUACCAGCCCAUAAAACCUGCCCAUAAAAAACCAAUCCUGGUAAAAACAGAUGGAAGAUAUAACCUGAAACAAAUAGCAGUGGAUCGAGUGGAAGCUGAGGAUGGCCAAUAUGAUGUCUUGUUUAUUGGGACAGAUAAUGGAAUUGUACUGAAAGUAAUCACGAUUUAUAACCAAGAAACAGAAUCAAUGGAAGAAGUAAUUCUAGAAGAACUUCAGAUAUUCAAGGAUCCAGUUCCUAUUAUUUCUAUGGAGAUUUCUUCAAAGAGACAACAGCUGUAUAUCGGAUCUGCUUCUGCCGUGGCCCAAGUGAGAUUCCAUCAGUGCGACAUGUAUGGAAGUGCUUGUGCGGAUUGCUGCCUGGCUCGAGACCCAUACUGUGCCUGGGAUGGCAUAUCCUGUUCCCGGUAUUACCCAACGGGCACUCAUGCAAAAAGGCGGUUCCGCAGACAAGAUGUUCGGCAUGGCAACGCAGCUCAGCAAUGCUUUGGACAGCAGUUUGUCGGGGAUGCUUUGGAUAAGACUGAAGAGCGACUGGCCUAUGGCAUAGAGAACAACAGUACUUUGCUGGAAUGUACCCCACGAUCGUUGCAAGCCAAAGUUAUCUGGUUUGUGCAGAAAGGACGUGACACAAGAAAAGAGGAGGUGAAGACAGAUGACAGAGUGGUCAAGAUGGACCUCGGCUUACUCUUCCUUAGGGUACGAAAAAUGGAUGCUGGGACCUAUUUUUGCCAGACAGUAGAGCAUGGUUUUGUCCAUACCGUCCGCAAAAUUACCCUGGAGGUAGUAGAAGAGGAGAGAGUAGAGGAGAUGUUUCACAAAGACUUGGAAGAGGACGGGCCUCCCAAGAUGCCUUGUCCUGCCCAGAGUAUCAUCCCACAGGGGGCAAAACCAUGGUACAAGGAAUUCUUACAGCUGAUUGGUUAUAGCAACUUCCAGAGAGUGGAAGAAUACUGUGAAAAGGUCUGGUGCACAGAUAAGAAGAGGAAAAAGCUUAAAAUGUCACCUUCCAAGUGGAAGUACGCCAACCCACAGGAGAAGAAGCUUCGUCCCAAAGCUGAGCACUAUCGCCUGCCCAGGCACACGCUGGACUCCUGACGGCAUGACACCGUCUCCUGGCUUCUGAAGAAUUUAUGUUUGGAACCGAAAACAAACAAAAUGAGAAACCAUCCAGCUUCGUAUCGCUUAACAGGUUUCUGUAAUACAGAAAUGACUGUGAAGGUAUUAUGAUAAAUUAUUAUAUGUACUCAUUUGACUGGUUAAAAAUCACAUAAAGUUAACUAACUUUUCUAAACAAUAUUUAUCAAAAAGUGACCUUGUCUGUAGUUUUGAGUACCUGGCUGCUUUUCCAUGGCAAUUAUUAUUUUCUCUUGGAAGGCUUAUGGUUAUUGGAAUAUUGAAAAAUUAGAGAUGUUAAUAAUCAUGUGAAAAUUAAAUAUAUAUUUUAAUCUUUCUGAAUUCUACCUUUCCACUACGAUGUAAAAGGUAAAGAAUACCAAAUACUUUAUCAUUCUCACAUGAACUGUCUGUACUUUUUAAGAAUUGUAUUAGUGGGAAAAAAAAAACAAAACAAAACUUGUAUUAGUAUCUAAACCAUGAGUUUUAUGAAGCCAGGUGUGUUGAAAUUAUUGUAAACCAUGAAAGAAAAAUUAUGGUCACCUUGAGGCUCAUGCCCUUCAUAAAACAUUCAAUAAGCCACAUUCUCUACAGUUACAUUUCAUGAUGAAAACACAUCCUUUGAAUUUCACUCCAGUGCAGAAAGAAUGACAUUAAGAUAACUUCUCAGAAAGAUAGCAAAAUAUGCCAAAAACAGAUGAAGUUACAGUUAGAAAUCUAACUGAAAAAGUUUUUGCUACCCUCUUGUGGUAGAAAAAGUAUAUUCUCUUUUUUCUCUUUUUACAGAUUGUCUAGGAAAGAUUUGAAAGCAGUUUCUGUUAAUACAUCCUGUCCAUUUUCAGAAGAAAAAGAAAAACUUAAAAAUGUCUCACUGCUUAUGUCAUGCUUUAAGAUGGAAAUAAUGUGUUUAUGAAUAAUUUAUUACCUCACAGGCCAAAAAUGAAGAUAUUAUAGCCCUGAAGCUCUAUUAAAACUUAAAUUUUACGCCUUCUAAAUAAUCUUCCCUCAAAUAUAAAGGACACUCCAGAAACAUGUUUAUUGUCUUUAAAAUAUUAAAGCAAUUUGUGCUCAGAUAUCUAAUUUUCCUCGCUAUUUUAUGUUAACAAAUAACAAAAUUGUUUCACGGGGUCACUUAACUACCGAGAUAUCCAGAGCACGUUUACUUUUAUAAAUAGGAUCCAAGGUUUUUGAGAAUGGGUAUUUCUUGAAGUCUGUCCUUCCCCUUUUAAUGUAGUGAUUACCUUUCUAAUAUAGGAAGUUUUGUUGAGAUUUUUCAUUUAAAUAAAAAUUAAAAACAAGUGAAUUAUACGUGAAAACAAUUACGAAUGUUUAUUUAAAUACUUAGAUAUUCAUUUCAACUUUCAAAGCUAGCUUACAGAGUAUAUAAUUAAGAAAGUUAAGGUGUGGAGAACUUGGAAUAGCUUAUACUUUCAUUUGAAAAUUAACAAAUACAAAAGUGUUUUAAGAAAGUCUAAGAAGUUCGUUUGUUAAGCCAUGAAGCUCCAAAAGUUCUGAAGGAUAGAAAUAUUUUGAAAAAGAACGUUCUCUGAAAAACCCAGUUGCUGUUUCCUCAAGAAUCCACCGGAGGUCAUUGCCGCCCACCAGUAUUAACUGGAAACAGCGUGUUUUUCAAUAAAAUCCCACCCAGUGUGGAGAAGUAGAACCGUAACCACAGAUCACAGGGGUCCUUAGCAAAGUUUAUGUCUGAAAUACUCGAAGUGAACAGAUAAGUCAGUAAAGCACGAUUUAUUGAAAAUAUUCUUCCAUUAAUACAAGAAAAAGGAAAGCAGGAUUUUCUCUUCGGGUUUUUUUUUUUUUUUUUUUUUUUUUUUUUUAAGUAAGGCAUAUAGCACCUACUUAGUUGACAUUUUAAUCCCAAUAGCGCAUAUAAGCUGUUGUUAACAAGGAUAACAGUAAUGUCCUUUAUGAGCUAAAAUAUUUCGUAACUGAAGAGAUAAGACUGAGGAAAAUAACUUUGAUAAUAAGUCUUAAGAAUUAAAUAUACCUUGAAGCUGUUCAAGGAAUAUGAGAUGACCAUUAAGGAGAGGGAGCUUUUUAAAAUGCUAAUUUAAGAGCAUCUUGAUAAGAAAAUGUUGACCACUCAAGUCCACAAUUGGGUAAGAGCACUAAAUUUCCAUACAUAUAUACUUUUUCCCCUUUUCUUACUCUGUCUCCCCAUUUCUUCCCCCAAAUGUGUGCAGAUGUGUUGCACCACAGGAACACAUCACGAUGUACUUUAAGAUAAAGCUGUAUUGCCCUGUUAAAGACAAACCAACAACCUAUGUGGCUGUCCUUGAGAAUCUGAAACCUACCACAGAACGCCUUCCCAGUCUUUUAUUCGGUCUGGUGUCAGAAUUCAAAUUCAGGGUCUCCUUUGAGAAAUGUCCAGGCUUAGAAAAUCACUAAUUUGUUGAUCAGCUUUAUCCUCUUUUUCUUGAACUUAGGAAGGGCAUGUACUUAGCUACCUACAAGACUUGGGGGAAUUAAGAGUCGUUCCUGACUCACCGUAUUUUCCCCAGAGACCUGGUGAAGAGAAAUCAUGCCCUCUAGGAACAAACAUUAAGCUGAGAAAGAAUCGUAACUGCCCAUCCUAGGUUCAAAUAGGCACCUGCAUGCAGGAUCGGUCUCCUGCUUUUUCAGACCAAUGCUAGGACAUUCUCUGUAAGCAGAGGCCCGGUGUAUAGGAUGAGGUGAGGUCAAGCCGUGCACACCCUCCUCGUUCAGUUCUAUGUCAGCUAUACAGAGAUGAAAAUUUGUUAGCAAGUAGGAUUACAACUCCAAGAGGGUUCACUUCAUGAUCUGUGAGGUCUCUUCCAUGUCUAACAUUCUACAUUGCUAAUUUUUUUCCUAUGUGUUUAUCACUGAAAAUUUCAGUGCAAAGCUAUUAACUUGGAGAAACAGGGAUUAAACUAGAAAUAAACGCGAGUAAGAAAUCUACAUAAAAGGGAGCAGAAAGUCUUUGUCUGUUUAGUAAGCGGCAAUUCUGUAUAUAUUUUGGAGUUUUUGUGCUUCCCCAAAUUAGCUGAACAGUUAGGAUGUUUUUAUUGAGUGUUUAAUAUUCGCAAUAGGGUGUAGGGCUUUGUAAAUCUUCGUAGCGAUUAUGAGCAUUUGUACAAUUUGUAAACUAUGAUACAUAGUUCUGCCUGUUGGUGUUAAGCAUGAAACAAACACAACAGCUGUUGACCUUAAAAGUGAGUUGUCUUUAGCCUGACAGGGACAUUAAGAGAACUGCUUAGCCUCGUGUGGAAACUUGAGAUCCCGGGAGAAAGUGCUUGCAGUUAUGAUGACAAUAAGGAGGCCAUGUGCUUGCUCUUACAGCAGAGUAUCAUCACAUCAAGUUGCUUUUUCAAAAGCAGUGCUCAUUUUUCAGGCCAACACCUGUUGCAUUUGAAUCAGGUAUAAAUAAUAGAUUUUCCACGAACGCUGUUUUGAUUGGAGUGUGUUAUUUAAGCUGGUAUGUUUAUUUUUUCUUGGGAAGGUAGCGUUAUAUCUUGGCUCUCAUUAUAAUUGAACGUGUUCUGUUUGUGUUUAAGUGGCUUAUAGCUAGAGUACUGUAUUGGGGUGUUCUGGCCUAUAUGGCUUCCUUUUAUUUGCCUGGGCCCAUAACAGCAUGUGCUUUCUUAUUUCUUUCACUGAUUAUAAGCCAUGAGACUUAUUAUCAUCUAGUGGUAAGGUGCAAAGACCAUGGACAGUGUGUCCCUUUGACUAUCCUAUGGAUUUGCCGCUAUGCACUGCAUCAUUUGCCUGUACUAUUAUGUACAAUUUGUAUUUAGCUCAACUUAGAUGCUAAAGAAAUAAAUAUUUACUGAACCCUUAA